CACAUCGUGACAGCGUGCUGGGAUAAAGAGGCUUCAACUGGGUAUUUAAACUGUUGUCUAGACGAGUAACGUACACAGAAAGCGGAGAUUUACAUGCAUAGCUGGACUUCAUAUCUAUUAUUGGACUUUAUAUUAUUUAAGUCUUAUGUUUAUGAUAUCUUAUGUUUAUGAAGUCAUGGAAACAGGAGAAGCUAGCAGAGACUGUUAGCUGCGUGAAUUGAGAAGCCAGGUCGUCUGCUCUCCGGUGUCUCGGCUGAAGCGGUCUCAAGGAGUCACACCGACACACCCUAAUCUACAAUAUCCUGCUAUCGGCCAAACGAAUGCUAUUACAGAUGCCCACAGCUGCUUUUCCUUUAGGAUUUGGAUUUCGCUUUCGAGCUGCUUCCGAUUUCUUUCUGUCAUAUGAAUAACUUGCUAUAAAAUAACUAAGUAACAUCAUAGAAGUCAUGCAUGUCCAGUUACAGUCUAGUCUGUUGGAAGAUAGAUAACGUUAGCCAGUUAGCUAGUGUGUGGUCUAUCAUAACUUCUCUAAGCUUUUGGCAUCGGACUGUUACAGAGGAAUAUGAGUUCACCGAUGUACACGUUUGUUUUGCGAGACGACAACAGUACUGUUUAUGCCGAGGUCGCAAAGAUCCUCACCGCGACUGGAAAAUGGAAACGACUGAAGAAGGACAAUCCUCGAUUUAAUUUAAUGUUGGGGGAGAGAAAUCGACUGCCUUUUGGACGACUGGGUCAUGAACCAGGACUGAUGCAGCUGGUGAAUUAUUACAGAGGAGCUGAUAAACUUUGCCGCAAAGCAUCACUGGUCAAGAUUAUCAAAACCAGUCCGGAGUUGAAGGACUCUUGUAACUGGUUCCCUGAAUCUUACAUCAUAUACCCAACCAACCUCAACACCCCAGUAGCUCCAGCCACCAAUGGCAUCAGUCACAUGAAGAGCAACCCUAAAACAGAUGAGCGAGAGGUCUUCUUAGCCUCAUAUCAGUCCAGGAAAGAGAGCGGAGAGGGAACAGUGUGGAUCGCCAAAUCAUCGGCAGGUGCUAAAGGUGCUGGCAUUUUGAUAUCUCAUGAUGCAAACCAGUUGCUGGAGUUCAUUGAUAAUCAAGGUCAAGUGCAUGUCAUUCAGAAGUAUCUAGAAAAACCACUGCUGUUAGAACCAGGACAGCGCAAAUUUGAUAUAAGGAGUUGGGUGCUUGUAGACCAUCAGUAUAAUAUCUACUUGUAUCGUGAGGGUGUGUUACGGACGUCUUCUGAGCCGUACAACAGCUUGGAUCUUCAGGAUAUGACCAGUCACCUGACCAAUCACUGCAUCCAGAAAGAGCAUUCUCAAAACUACGGCCACUACGAGGAGGGCAACGAGAUGUUCUUCGAUGAGUUCAGAUCGUACCUGUUGAGCACACACAAUGUUUCCAUGGAAACGUCCAUUUUACCUCAGAUCAAGCAUAUCAUCAGGAGCUGUCUCACAUGCAUUGAGCCAGCCAUCAGCACUAAACAUCUUCCCUACCAGAGCUUUCAGCUCUUCGGCUUUGACUUCAUGCUGGACGAGAGCUUUAAAGUCUGGCUAAUUGAGAUCAAUGGAGCGCCUGCCUGUGCACAGAAGCUCUACUCCGAGUUGUGUCAGGGCAUUGUCGAUGUGGCCAUCUCUACAGCGUUCUCUCUGACUGCUGAUGCCCUCUCAUGCUCUCCUCCGUUCUCCACUUCUCCAUCUCUCACCUCCAAUAACUGCUCCUCACCUAAAAUCAGAGCACCCCAUCACUUCGGCCCAUUCAUCAAACUAUAGCCAUCACAGGAUCCUGCUGAUGCCAUGUGAUGCCCCCCACCCAAAGUCCUGCCCGAAAACAGCAUCAGCCAGUGUCUCUCUCCAUGAGGGUUAUGGGUGUACACCUGAUCUCACGGAUGAACGAAGACGAAGGGGUGUAAUUCCUCUGCCACUUUUGUACCAGUCAGCCAUGUCUACUUGCUUCCAUAUGUCAUCUAUAAUACAUACGCAGAGUCCAUAUAUGAAUACAAAUACAAAGAACUUGAAAGAUUAAAGAGAACCCUACACAUACCUGGUAUGUCAGCUCCCGUAGAAAGGGUGAUUCACUUCCAAAGCCAAGUGUGAACACUUAUUUUGCAAUUGAAGCUAUGAAUGUUUGGAGAUUUAACAUUCAAAAUACGACUCAAAAGAAAUGGAUGGCAAGCACACGUUUGAAUGAGGAGGUAGCACCAAAGAGGAGGCUUGAGCUCCCUUAUGCUUCAGAUCUCUGUUGUGUCAACAAGACUCCUCAGGACUUUCCCAGGCACCUUGAUGUAACCAUGGAUGGACUUAACUUUUAUUCAUGAGACUUUAGUGCCUUACAUACUGAAUUCACAGACGCACAUCCUCGACACAAGCUCAUCUUGCUCAGCUAGCCCUUGAUAUUUCUAACUUCAUUGUGAAGUCUUUGUGUCCUAUCCACUGUGAAGUUCGUGUGUGUGUGUGUGUGCGCGUGUGUGAAUUUAGCUACAGUGUGCAUUGAAUGGUUUUAUCGUUACAAAUGGAUAUUUAUCAUUUGCAGUGUACAUAGUUACGAUGUCUACAAGAAGUAUUUGUUGAAGUAGUAGAUUCAUGUUAUGUUUUACACUGUUGUCUUUUCACCGAUUUAUCAGAAACCAGAUGUGUAUAGGUUUGUCUUUAAACGUCCAUUGGUUCUAUUUCAUACAAUCACAUUUUACAUCUGUAACGAGCAUUGGGAAAGCAUCAGCUGUUAUUCUAAGGGGCGGUUUCCCAGACAAGGAUUAUCUUAAACCAGGACUAGGCCUUUGUUAAAUUAGGAGGAUUAAGUUGUUUUAAAAACCAUACUUUACAAAAAAAAAAACACAUUACGAUGUGCAUCUUGAGACAAAACAAUCGCAGUGAUAUAUUUUAAGAUAUGUCAGUGCAAGUUGUUUUCGAUCAAGGCAUCUCUAACAUUUAAGUUAGUCUGAGACUAGGUUUAAGCCCUGUCCGGGAAACCGCCCCUAUAUGUGACCCUGGAUCACAAAACCAGUCUUAAGUAGCACGGGAACAUUUUUAGUAAAAGACAAAAAUACAUUGUGUGGGUCAAAAUUAUUGAUUUUUCUUUUAUGCCAAAAAUCAUUAGGAUAUUAAGUAAAGAUCAUGUUCCAUGAAGAUAUUUGUAAAUUUCCUACCUUAAAUAUAUAAAAACUUUAUUUUUGUGAGUGGAUGGUCUGCCACAGUGCCCCUGAUUAACAACUUCAAAGGCAAUUUUCUCAAUAUUUUGAUUUUUUUGCACUCUCAGAUUCUAGAGUUUUAAACGGUUGCAUCUCAGCCAGAUAUUGUCCUAUUCUAACAACUCAUAUAUCUGUAGAAAGUUUAUUUAUUCAGCUUUCAGAUUAUGUAAAAAUCUCAAUUUCGAAAAAUUGACCCAUAAGACUGGUUUUGUUGUCCAGGGUCACAUAUGUUUAGGUUAAUGAAAGCAAGUGACAUCAUAUAGGCUGUAUUCCUCCACCAGUUUUUAACUUUUGUUGUUUGAAUGAGUAAAUCUUUUGUGCAUUUAGGUGUCGCAUGUCAAAGCAUGUUGAAUGCUGCGUUCUUUAUACAUAAUACAUAGUAUAAUAGAUUCCUCCAAGAUAAUAAUUUAUACUCUUAUAAAAGAAAAUUGCCUUGGAUAGUAUGUUAAGAUGAAUACAUAAUUUCAGGCAAUGUUUUGUUUCUGAACUGUUGAAAUCUCUCAUCUGUCAUAUUUACAUUCCAAAAAUGAAUGGAAAAAAUAAGAUGUUUUGUAGUACAGAAUACGACAUAAGAUACGGUUCUGAUACAAUGACCAAUAUUUUGUUUUAUGUAUUUAAAGGGCAAUGUGUCUAAAACAGCAUUCACUUAGCGUUUCUGAUAACUACACACCUUGUAUGGGAGGUUUCUGGUGUCAGAUGUUACUUUGUCUCCAGUCUGGUUAUUAACAGCAGGUUCUAAGGAGUUAACCUGUACGUGUUUAUGAGGCCUGUGAUGAAAAUGUGAGCAGAUGUCAUAAUGCAGGAGUGAAUCAUCAGUAUUAACUGUCUUAUCUGCAGAAAAGGAAGGAUUUUUGUUUGAAUUGAAACAGUAUUAUAUCUAUUUGAAGUGAAGUGGUUUAGAUCUUCAUUUAUCUCUGUAGCGUCUCUUUGCAUUGGUUAAGUUUGAGUUUGCUAUUUAACAAUACGCUGACAAGAGUUUGUAUGUAGCCUGAAUGAAGGAAAACGUCUCCAUCUAACCAAAGAUCAGUGUGAUUAUUGUAAUUAACAUAACUGAUAAGAUUUGAGUUAUGGAAUGCUGUAGUUUUCUCCUGUAUCUGCCUGAAGAAAACCAUGCAAUGUUGUAUUUCUUAGGUUUGCUUGUAUUUUUACUGUUGUGCAGACCAUAUAGAACACUAUUUUGAUUUAGCAAAAGUGUUUGUCAUUCAAAUCAGCAUCCAUUAUGUGCAAUAAAUUAGUUUCC